AUGAACAACAUGAUGACGAACCUGUCCUACAAGCCAGGUGGAAUGGCUUCAGCUACCGCUGACCCAAGCAACACGGGAUGUUUGGGCAUGCCGGGAGGUGGAAGUGCAGAUGCUGAGUUCACGAAGGGAGGCGGCAAGGGCAAAGGCAAGGGUAAGGGUAAAGCGGGCAAUGAUGUCAUUCCGAAGUUUGGAAAUCCGAAGAAGGCUAAGAAGGUGGAUGAAAUGCCUGUGAAGCCUCUGGAUGCGGUCAAUUGGAUGAUGGAAAAGUUGGUCAAGGCUGUUGGAGAAGCCAAGAUGUUGAGUGUUCGACUUCAUGGUGACACCAUCAAUACGCACAUUGAUGAGAUGAACAAGAGCUUCACCAUGCUUCAGCGCAUCCACGGGCAAAAGGAGACCCCGGACUCGCAGUGCUUUGCGGCUGUGGAGCUCGCGCAGCAGCGCAUUGACAUGUACAAGGAGGAUAAGAUGGAAGCCAAUCGCGUUGCCCCGAAGCCGAAGAAGGCCAAGGGCAGCAAGGACCUGACAAGGAUGCUGAUGACGAAGAUGAAGACAACGAGUGAUUCGGAGUGCUACCUAGGCGCUUGGGUCAUGGAGCAUAGGAAAGGGCAUCUGUCCAAUCACCCGCUUAUGGGGGCAAACUACGCAAUGUUCGUGGGCCGACUGCAGCUGGCGAGGGCACUGGCUGCAAAAGCUGCUGCCAAGCGGCCAGUUAAAGAUGAAGAUGACGAAGCGGUGCCUUGCGGCCAAUCAACUUGCGGACUGGAGGAUGGCGUGGAAGAUGGCUCACUUACAAAAGAGCCUGGUGACUUCAGUGAACUGUUGAUUUGCAACUAUGCAAUUGGGAAGAGCAGUGCGGCAAAUGUGCAAGCACUUGCAAAGAAAGCUGUUUCGUGGUGCAAAGCUUCUGGCGGGAAAGUGGGCUCUACAGACCUUGUGUGGAAGCUUUCGAAGUUAGCUACUUCAGGAAAGCAUCCGCAGAACGCCGAGAGGGACUUGCAGGCGACUGUGCAACGUUAUGGCAAGAGCAUGAAGAUCCACGUGGACAGUGUCCCAGUCAGACUGUAUGACCCUGCUACGGAGGAGAUCACACAAAGCUCCAUAGAUGUACUUUGCCCAAUUUCUCUUGCACAUGCUAUAUGGAGAGAAGGUGCAGACCUUUUCGAGGCCAUCUUUCUAGGUUCGCAAGGUGCAUCUGGUGCGAAAGCAUUUUGGGAAAAUGCGAAACAAAACGCUUCCUGGUUCAAGAACAGCCAGAUUCCAAAGGAAUGCUACAAAGGAUUGCUGCCCCUCUACCUGUAUGGGGACGAUGUGGAGGCCUAUAGGAACUCUGAUCCGGGGGCAGUGUCCGCACUUGGAUGGGGAUGCGACUUUGGAUACAAGAACGAAGCAAUGCUACAGAACUUCUUGUUAACCUGCUACGCAGAAUACACUGCGUGCGAGCACACCCACGACGACUUGUUGCAGCAUCUCAUGAAGAAAUUCCAGGCUAUGGGGGACCCUUCUCUGGAGCACCCAUGGCAUGCGGCUGGCUACAGGUUCAUGUUUGCUGGCUGCCGCGGCGACCUCAAGUGGAUCAACGCAAUAAACGGGAAAAGGGUGUCAUUUUAUCUUGCUGAGAAAGCUGUUGGGAGAUCCCAACGUGAAGGGCGCACGUUUCUGGAUGAGUUGGUUGCAGUUUGUGCCUGGUCUUACUGCUCAAUGCUGCGACAGAUGGAUCAGUAUGGCCUACUACUUUCGCAAGCAGAAGCUUCCCUGCUACAUGAGCAUGGUAUGUUGCAUCUUCAGUGCUACGCUCACCUUCGAUAUUUGAGCGCCAUGACAAAGGGCAAAGUACUCCUUCGAAGUUCGUUCCCAAUCCUCCCGAAACAUCAUUACCUACAGCACUGUUUAGAGGAGGCACUUCAGAGCUUGAUCAAUCCAGGCCAUUAUAACCUUUUGGCCGCGGAAAGUUGGGUGGGCACGAUCGGCCGGAUCAGUCG